CCUUAUCACCCUUUGCUUCCUUGGCCAUCCCUUCUUACACGGUUCUUCUUUAUACCUAUCGCGUAGCUAUCCUAAUAUUCCCCUUCGGUCUCCGGUCUUGAACGUUCACGAACGACCUCCGCCUUCACUAAAUCCCUUACGAUUUCCUUCUUCGAACAUAACUAUAACUAUACACAAUGGACGGACUGAACGAUUACCGGACAGAACGGGUUGCCCAAGUCCUCUCCGACUUUCGUACUCUUCAAUACUACAUCGCGGCGGCGCCGACAGAACCACUUCACACCGAGGACUACUACACAGAAGGUUGGGCAGCAUUACGACAAUGUGCCUUGGACGGCCAGCACAUCCUAAACUGCGCGGCGGAUGUGACGGUACCACAUGGUCGAGGAGGUGAAGAGGAGCAAGCAAAGGCGGAACUUAAGCAGGUUUUAUUGGACGCCAUUGCUCGACGACAUGAAGCACAGAAGAUAUACCUUCGCCAGGCUGCGGCACAGAGAUGGAUCGAAUACCGGGAGCAGGUUCUCCAGGGCCAACGGCCCAGUUCUUCUAAUCGACGACAACUGAGGGCAUGUGACGAGCAGCUUCGAAGUGAGCUUUCACAGGUUACAGAUGAUUCAAUCUACCAAGAGCUUCAAGCUUCGGAUAUGGCCAUGGGUCGCUGGACGGCCGAAGAUCCAAGUCUACGGGCAGUGCAACGCUGGGUACGAGCACGGCCACAGACGGUAUAAUAUUCGACACGAUGAGAGCAACGACGCUGAAGACACGCGAAAAAGAAUCUAUUGCCUACUAUUUGGACAACAAAAAAGCGAACGAACCUCCUUUCCCCCUCCCCUCGAGAGGAAAUAAUCAUCGAGACAUGAUCAUCAUGCAGUGAAAAGUUUCUCUUUCUUGGAAUUUUUAGCGAUUGAGCGAGCUGGACAUGACUACUGGGUUUCUUUUUUUGGGAUAAGCAAGGGGCUGGCUCCCUUGACGAGAUAUCAUGAUGGGAAUAAGGUCAAAAUUUGGGCGGGAACUUGCGCGAGUUUGCUCCUGGUUAGCUACGGUCUAGACGACUUUGGCUUGAGCGAAUGGACCAUUGCGUGAGUAUUGCAACAGAUACCAUCCAGGCAGGCCAAGGAUCCCCGGGAAUUGGGAGGCCGCCUUGGGCAUUGUAAAAACAUACACUACUGUCGUUUUAUCUACCCAACACCUACAGCUUGUAUAUAUCAAUUACAGACAGAAGACAGAGAAGAAGAUGUAUAUACAACCAAGAUAGUGCCACGGUUUCAGGCGCAGUGAAUCACCU